GAACGCGGCGCCGGUCCUAGCCCGGGAAAACGCCCUCUGCGGUGAAGGAGAGGUGCGCGGCUGGCGGUUUCCAGACUCGGGUCCUGGGAAGGCGGCGAAGAGAGGGGCCAGAGGGCUGGAAGACUGAGUCCCAGCGGAGGGCGAGCCGGAUCACGCCGCCAUGCCUCGCUCUGGGUCGCGAGCAGUCUUCCUCCUCUUGUCGCCGCUGCUGCUGCUCCGCGCUGUUUUGACUGUGCCCCUGGAGCGAGGGGCGCCCAAGGAGGAGAGCCCCGCGACCGAGAGCCCCGUGAGUGGUCCUGCCCUGCUCUCCAGCCAGGUGUUUGCAGUGGACACGGGCCUGUACUACCACCGGUACCUCCAGGAGGUCAUCAAUGUCCUGGAGACUGAUGGGCACUUCCGCGAGAAGCUGCAGGCCGCCAAUGCCGAGGACAUCAAGAGCGGGAAGCUGAGCCGGGAGCUGGACUUUGUCAGCCACCACGUCCGCACCAAGUUGGACGAGCUCAAGAGGCAGGAGGUGUCGCGGCUUCGGAUGCUGCUCAAGGCCAAGAUGGACGCAGAGCAGGAGCCCAAUGUACAGUUGGACCACUUGAGCCUCCUGAAGCAGUUCGAACACCUGGACCCUCAGAACCAGCACACAUUUGAGGCCCGAGACCUGGAGCUGCUGAUCCAGACGGCCACCCGCGACCUUGCCCAGUACGACGCGGCCCAUCACGAAGAGUUCAAACGCUACGAGAUGCUCAAGGAACACGAGAGACGCCGUUAUCUGGAGUCACUGGGAGAGGAGCAGCGGAAGGAGGCAGAGAGGAAACUGGAAGAACAACAGCGACGGCACCGAGAGCACCCCAAAGUCAAUGUGCCUGACCCAGCCUUCUUGCUCAUGAGCCCCUGGCUCUCCCCUCCACAGGGCAGCCAAGCUCAGUUGAAGGAGGUGUGGGAGGAGCUGGAUGGAUUGGACCCCAACAGGUUUAACCCCAAGACCUUCUUCAUACUGCAUGAUAUCAACAGCGAUGGUGUCCUAGAUGAGCAGGAGCUGGAGGCCCUCUUCACCAAGGAGCUGGAGAAGGUAUAUGACCCGAAGAAUGAGGAAGACGACAUGCGGGAGAUGGAGGAGGAGCGACUGCGCAUGCGGGAGCACGUGAUGAAGAAUGUGGACACCAACCAGGACCGCCUCGUGACCCUGGAGGAGUUCCUCGCAUCCACCCAGAGGAAGGAGUAUGGGGACACCGGGGAGGGCUGGGAGACGGUGGAGAUGCAUCCUGCCUACACGGAGGAAGAGCUGAGGCGUUUCGAGGAGGAGCUGGCCGCCCGGGAGGCAGAGCUGAAUGCCAAGGCCCAGCGCCUCAGCCAGGAGACAGAGGCUUUGGGGCGCUCCCAGGACCGCCUGGAGGCCCAGAAGAGAGAGCUGCAGCAGGCGGUUAUGCAGAUGGAGCAGAGGAAGCAGCAGCAGCAGCAGCAGCAGCAAGGCCACAGCGACCCAGCCCCCGGCCCUGAGGGACAGCUCAAGUUCCACCCUGACACAGACGAUGCUCCUGUUCCAGCUCCAGCCGGUGAUGUGGCUGCUUCAGAAAAGAAGGUUCCUGAACAGCCCCCCGAGCCGCCUCAGCUGGAUUCUCAGCACCUGUGACCCCAGAACCCCAGCACUCUGGUUCCGGCUGACGCAGCUGAUGGGAGGAGAGCGAGGUGUCACAGUCAACCUCCUCUGGAGAUGGCGCGUGUGGCCUCGUAGGGGAAGGGGACAGAGUGGCUCUUCCCACAUUGCUGCCUGGGCCUCCUGUCUGCCUCCUCGACUUCCACGGCCUCCCAGUCUGCAGUCCCUUCUCUCUGUCCUCCUCCAAGGGACCUGCCUUCUCGUGUCCAUUUGGACGCUCACCCGUAGGGUCGGCCUGGCUUACGGACGCCCCCUCCCUUCCGAGGGGAUCGGCCGUGUGCCCGCCUUCCCAGGUGGUUUGGCCUCGCUGCCCCAGGUCAGGCCGCUCCAGCAUCCUGCAUCCCACAGCUGCCAGAACCCUGCCUCCCGCUCUGGGCCCCAUUUCUGUCGGUUUAUGGGGCUUGGGUGGUCCCUCAAGACCUUUCUCUACCUUUUGUGGGACCAGCUAAACCUCAAACACAGUGUCUUCUCCAUGGCCGGAUCAAGGGGCAGUAGAGUCCUCAGCAGAGCUGAUGUCAGGAGCCCCAACUGUCCCUGAGCCCUGGCUUCCAGCCACCUCGGCCUCGGCCUCCUCCCUGGUGGCUUGGCCCCUCAUCCCUUCCCCACACAGAAGGGUCCCGGAGCUGACCCCACACAGGAUCAGCUUCCAGCUCGUCAGCCUCCCCGGGAGGUCCUACUGCUUUCUGGCCUUAGCCCACACCGCUGCGUGUCCUGCUGUGUACUCCAGUCCCAUCCAAAUACAUUUUCUGGAACAAA